AUGAAGUGCCUAUAUUUAUCCAUCAUUUUAGGUUUAAUACUAUAUAGUAUGAAUAAUUUAUUCACUACAUGGCUACCUAAAAAUUACAUAUUUGACCCCCAAACUUUGAAUGAGAUUUCAAACAGAGUCAUUGCCAGACAUGACGCAACAUCAGCUGAUUUCUCUACAGAAAAGUUGCUUAGAGAAUUAAGAGAUGAAUUGGCUACUCAUUAUGGUGAAGAAUAUAUCAAUAAAUAUAACAAUGAAGAUUGGGUAUUCAACAAUGCAGGUGGGGCUAUGGGUCAAAUGAUUAUUUUACAUGCGUCAAUUUCUGAAUAUGUUAUCUUUUUUGGUACUGCUGUUGGUACAGAAGGGCAUACAGGUGUUCAUUUUGCGGAUGAUUAUUUCACCAUCUUACAUGGUAAGGAAAUUGCAUCAUUACCAUUUGCAUUAACUCCAGAAGUAUACGAACCAGGUAUGACACAUCACUUGCAAAAAGGUUAUGCAAAGCAAUACAGCAUGCCUGGUGGAUCAUUUGCCUUAGAAUUAGCUCAAGGUUGGAUUCCAUGUAUGCUACCAUUUGGCUUCUUAGAUACUUUCUCAAGCACCUUAGACGUGUACACUUUAUAUAGAACGACAUACUUGACAGCUAAGGAUAUGAUUAAGAACUUAAUCCAAAACAAAAAGUUUUGA